AUGCCGCUCCCACGUCAACUCCUACCCCUUCUCAGCUCCUUGGGCAGCACGCGAUGGGCCCUCACCCGCACACUCCGUAGCGACAAUCCGCUUGACCUGAACGGUGAACUCCGCGGCACAGCGACCUUCCACCCACUUCCCAACACCGCCGACCGCGACUGGCUAUACAGUGAAGAGGGCGAGAUACCUUCCGCGGUCAGCGGUGGCGCUGCUCAAGCUGGCCUGCGCUGGACGAAGAAGUACAUCUGGCGCGAUGGCGACGCCGGGCGCAUUAGUGUGUGGUUCGUCAAGAUUGCUCCUGGACCCGAGGAGGCUGACUACCUCUUUCACAACUUUGAUUUCGCCGAUGCGACGGUCAAGCCCGAGGGCUCGGGUGAGGGGGUGGAGAGUGGAAAAGAAAGGGAGGAAGAAACUACCGAGUUGAUCACUCCACCGACACCCCCCACGAUUACCACGAGUGAUGUCGAGACGACGGUUCUCAUGGCUCGUGGGGAUCACCUCUGCAUCAACGAUAUGUACCGCACCGCAUACGCGUUUCGAAUCCAGUCGGAAACGGGGGAGGUUUUAAGCUGGGCCAGUCGGCAUGUCGUUCGGGGUCCGAAGAAAAACCAGGACAUUAUCAAUCGCUACGAGAGGGCGGUAUGA